GGUCGAAGUUGAAGGGUUACAUCCAAUAUGGCGGCUAACAAACGAGUGCUGUAUGUCGGUGGCCUGGCGGAGGAGGUGGAUGAGAAGGUGUUGCAUGCAGCUUUUAUUCCGUUUGGAGACAUCACAGACAUCCAGAUACCAUUAGACUAUGAAACGGAAAAGCACAGAGGAUUUGCAUUCAUUGAGUUUGAAUUGGGCGAGGACUCUGCAGCGGCUAUUGAUAACAUGAAUGAGUCUGAGCUUUUUGGACGGACUAUCCGGGUCAACACGGCCAAGCCCAUGAGAAUCAAAGAAGGUUCUUCUCGACCAGUGUGGUCGGACGAUGACUGGCUGAAGAAGUUCUCAGGGAAGACCGCAGAGGAGGCUGAUGCGGAGGCAGCGGGCGGAGAAACAACCACCACUGCAACACAGGAGGCUGAGCCUCCGGCUAAAAAGGGCCGAGUUAAUCCUCAGGUCUACAUGGACAUUAAGAUUGGAAAUAAGCCAGCCGGGAGACUACGCUUCCUCCUUCGGGCUGACAUCGUUCCCAUGACUGCAGAGAAUUUCCGCUGUCUGUGCACGCAUGAGAAGGGCUUUGGCUUCAAGGGAAGCUGCUUUCAUCGCAUCAUCCCUCAGUUCAUGUGCCAAGGAGGUGACUUCACCAACCACAAUGGCACCGGCGGCAAGUCCAUCUAUGGCCGGAAGUUUGAUGAUGAGAACUUUGUCCUCAAACACACGGAGCCAGGACAGCUCUCCAUGGCCAACUCUGGGGCAAACACUAACGGCUCUCAGUUCUUCAUCACCACCGACAAAACAGACUGGCUGGAUGGCAAACACGUGGUGUUCGGAGAUCUGGUGGAGGGGAUGGAUGUUGUCCGUGCAAUGGAGGCUGAGGGAAAUAAGGAAGGCAAGCCGAAGCAGAAGGUCAUCAUCUCUGACUGUGGGGAGUUUGUGUGACGGAACAAGACAUGUGUUCUUGUUUGUAUAUGUUGUCAAUGGGGGCCGUGUAUGUCUGAGAGCACGAGUGUGUUCAUGGUCUUUUGUACUUUGAGGUCACAUCAUCUGCCAUGUAAAUAUUUCAAUAAACAUCGUUUUUUUUUUUAUAAAGAAGCCACAGCUUGAUGCCUUUUGCUUUGUACAAAUGAAAUGUUCCAUUGAUCUGCUGAUUGUUGGUUUAACCCUUUUUAUAGCUGCAGAGCUACAACACAUUAUUAUUAUUAUUUUCAAGUUUAACUUGUUUUUAAAUUCAGUAAAAAAUCUAAGUCAAUAUUGUCAAAGGCUUUGUGAUUAAUUAAUUAAUCAUAAAACCAUUUAUUUUCAUACAUAAAAUCUGAGUUGGUUCCAAAUUAGAGAUGCACCAUGCAAAUGAUGCAUGGUAAAAUAUAUCUAUGUAAUGGGUUAUUUAUUGUACAUUAUGAACAAACUUCUAUAAGUUGAAUAAAUAUAAACAAAACAAA